CUCGUAAAAGAUGGUAUGAAAUUAGAAAUUUAGGUGCCCCUGAAUACGAUAAAAAUUUUUCUUAUGCAGAAAAUGACUGGGAGAGGAUAAAACUUUGGAUUGAAAGGGCAACAGGACAAUUUUUAUAUGCUUUUGAAUCGAUUCGAAAUCUAUUGCUAGGGAGUUGUGAUGAACGUCAAUGGUUUGGAGAUUAUUUAGUCCCACUAAUACAAGGAGUUUUAACAUUAGAUAAUAAACUUUAUGUUUUAUGGGGGGAGAUUUCUGUUCAAGCAUCUUUACGUCGCCGAAAUAAAAAUAAGGACAUACUUGUUGAACAGCUUGAACGAAGUCAUCAAGUAGAUCUUUUAUGCAAAUAUGAACAAUAUGAGAUUGCUUGUGUAUUAGCUUGUGGUGGACCUCAUUCCAACGGUUUAACAAAACUUGCUUCUGACAAAUUCCAUCUUACAAGAAUUAUGAAGGAUAUGCUUGAUGAUUUAAGGUUAAAUCUCCAUAAAGCUAGAAAAGAUGGAUCGCGACUAUAUAUAAUUGGAAUUCAGGGUUUGCUUAAUUCCUUGGUCCAGGAACUUGAGACCGCUAUUAAUGAUGAUGAAGAUGGAUUUAAAACUCCUCCAAGAAUUUUAUUAUCAAAUAGUAUGGAGACUAACGAAACACCACAAAAGAAACCAAAAAGAAAAAGAAAAUACGAUUAG